CAACAAAGCAAAAGCAAAAAAUAAUUUCUAUUUCAAUCCAUUCCCUAGAGUAGCAAUGGCGAGCUUGAAACUCACAUGUGUGGUUGCACUUGCACUGCUGUGCAUGGUGGUUAUCACUGCACCAACGGCAGUGACUUCAACCUCAUGCAUUAAGGUAAGUGCUUACCUUACUCCAUGCCUUUCUUAUCUUAGGGGUGGUAGCGGUCCCUCAAAACUAUGCUGUUAUGGAGCAAAGAAGCUUAACGGGACGGCCGGCACUACCGCCGACCGUCAGGCUACCUGCAAGUGCUUGAAAAGUGCUGCUGGUUUCGUUUCUGGUUUGAAUGACACCAACGCCGGAACUCUCUCUGCUAAAUGUGAUCUUAACCUUCCCUACAAGUUUGGCCCUGAUACCGAUUGUACCAGCAUCACGCUCUAAAGAGUGUGUAUGAGAGGAGAGGAAGAAGCAGGUAGCAUGGCAGUUCUUUCUACCUCAGUAUUACCAGCACUAGCUGUAUGAUUAAAUAAAUGAAGAGCAAUGAAGGCUCAACCUAUGUUUUUAUCAUACUUUCGUGUGUAAUUAUAAUUGUGGUGUGCAAUGAGUUAUUUCCCAGUUUGUUUGUGGUAUUGGUAUAUGUAAUAAAGACAUAUGAUAUAUUAUUCCAUGCUAUAUUUAUUGUU